AAAGGCAUGCGAUAAUGAUGAUCUCUAAGCCUGGGAAAAACAAGUAAACCACGAUGGGCUGCUGUGGAACGAAAUCGAGAAAGUCGAUCGAUUUGGACGGUGGCUCUUAUACCAAGGAAAUCAAACUCGGGCUGAAGAGUUUUACAUCGGAGUUCUAUAAUUAUCCUGAAAGUGUACCGAAAGACAUAUGGAUACUUUACGACGCAGCUUAAGGAAGGUUCGAUUUAGGGAUACCAAACACGGCAGCUACCAAUCCCUUAACAGGCUUAACGAAGUGGCAGCCACAGAGAACUAUGAAUCACCGACUAAGGACUUCCAACUCUCUCUCCCAAACUACGAGUCGUCCACAAAGGACUUUCACUCAAGCACAGAACUGGUUAAAGAGUCUACGACAUCUCUUGAGCAGUUACUGGGCAAAAGACACAAAAAGCCGUCACAAGGGAUCAACGGAAAGUACUCUGACGGCCGCCGUGUACACUCGCUUGAAUUCCUGGAUUCUACUGGUGAAAGGGAGGGAAAUAAUUUGUCACGAAGCACAGGCGCGCUAUCACCGGGGUCAAUAAAUGUCGAUAUUAACCCGAUAGCUAAGCAUAAAGACGACCCUGGAAUGGGGAUUCACUCACUUGAACGGGAGCCACGUAGAUUGCAACCGGCUAAACGAGAAAAAGAAAAGUGGAAAAGUGAGCCGAUUUUGUCUGAAUUCCCGGACGAUGAACGCCGCCCAAAGGAAAAAGUCGGCUCAUUCCCCAACGUGUUGCAAGAGCCCGCAGAAGAACGGACCAGCGGUCGUAAACACAGACGUGCCCAUGCGCGUGGGGAUCCUCAAACGGUCGACGAACUUCGCGCGCAAGUGUUCAUGGGGAAUUUGGAGGUUAAGGUUCCGAACACAGAUAAGAUUGUGCGGAUUUUCACCAGUUCUACGUUUACUGACACGCAAGCUGAGCGCAACACACUGAUGGAGCGCGUCUAUCCCAAGCUGAAGGAGUUCUGCCAGGAGCAUGGGUACGAGUUCCAGGUAGUUGACAUGCGAUGGGGUGUGCGUGACGCCAGCACAGAUGAUCACGCAACCACAGAGCUCUGUCUUCGUGAGCUAAAAGCAUGCCAGAAGCUCUCAACUGGACCCAACUUUGUGACAUUCUUUGGACAAAAGUACGGCUUUCGUCCUUUCCCGCCAAAGAUCCUCUCCACGGAAUACGACAAACUUUACAGCGCUGUGGACAAUACCGAAGAUAAGAAACUCCUUGACGUCUGGUUCAAACUAGACGAGAACGCCGUCCCCCCGGAAUACGUGCUUCAGCCAAUCAGCUCUCAGUUCCCGGCUUUUGUGGACCCCCCUAACAAGGAAGCUCGUCGCACGGCCCAGAGGGAAUGGUGGGACGUCUACUUGAAUCUCCAGAAUACAUUGCGGGCCGCGGCAAAGAAGGUGCUUAGUAAAGAGGAGGCCCAUAAAUACUUCAUGUCAGUGACUGAGAAUGAAAUUCGUCAUGGAAUCAUCGAGUCAUCGCAGCCAAAUGAUAAAGUGCUAUGGUUCAAACGUACAAUAACCGAUAUCGGCGACAACAUAAAAAGCGAGAAGUCGGCUAAGUUCAUCGACAUUGUCGAAGUCGCGAAACGGAAACGAAGUAAGAACUCGCAAGUUCGGGAAGUCGACAAGCCCGCUCAAUACCUACUGAAGAAUCUUCAAAGUGAGAUUCGUUCGACACUCGACAAAUCGAAUAUCUUUUCUUACGACAUCAAGUGGACAUCGGAAGGUGUCACACCCGAGGGUAACUUGACACACGGACAGUACCUAGGAAAGCUCUGCACGGAGUUCUACGAUGUCAUGAAAAAGAAGAUCACAGACGCCAUAACAAAGCGAGCAGCAGGCGAAGUCCGAGACAAAGAACAUUUAUUCCAAGAGGUAGCUCAGCACGCGACUUUCUGUAACCUAAAAUGUGAAAACUUUCACGGGCGAGAGGAUAUUUUAGAGAAAAUUCGCACUUAUAUCUCGGGCUCCGGUCAAAAGCCAUUGGUCCUCUAUGGAGACUCUGGCUGCGGAAAGACGUCACUGGUUGCCAUGACAGCCAAGCUGGUACCGUCGUGGACUGAGUACGAGCCUGUUGUAGUUCUGCGGUUCCUGGGGACGACUCCUGACUCGUCAAAUAUCCGUCUUGUUCUUCGCAGCGCUUGCCUUCAGUUAUGUAAGGCUUUUGGGACCAGCACUAAAGUAGUGCCUCAGGAUUACCAAGACUUGCUACGUGAGUUUCAAGACCGGUUAAAAAUGGCCAAACCAAACCGACCAAUUGUAGUGAUUCUAGACUCCGCGGACCAGCUCACCACCACUGAUGACGCACACCAGAUGGUCUGGUUGCCAAGGAAACUACCCAAGCACGUGUACGUGCUGGUCAGCACGCUGAAGGAUCCGAAGUACGUGUGCUACUCAGCGCUAAAGAAAUUACUUCUUGACUCGAAUUGUUUUGUGGAGGUAUCCAGUCUCCCCUCGGAAGUCGCCUGUAACAUCCUGACAUCUUGGCUCAGCAAUGACAACCGCAGGCUCACUGACAGUCAGCGGAAAAUUGUGCUAAAUGCGUUUAACCGCUGUCCGCUUCCACUAUACCUCAGGCUCGUGUAUGACCACGCGGUCACGUGGAAAUCUUACACGCCACUCGAAAAGUCGGUUCUCGAGAAAAACGUACAAGGUAUGAUCAAGGCACUGUUCAAGCGCUUGGAGAGGCGUCACGGCACGGUCUUAGUACGACACGCACUUGCUUAUAUCACGGCAGCCAAACACGGUCUGAGCGAGCCCGAGCUCGAAGAUAUCCUGAGCUGCGAUGAGGAGGUCUUGGACGAGGUCUUUCAGUACUGGACGCCGCCUGUUAGACGCAUACCUCCGUUAUUGUGGGCCAGAAUACGCGCCGAGUUGAACUCGUACGUUGUCGAGCGUGGUACGGACGGUGCUCGGGUGGUGACGUGGUAUCACCGACAAUUUCACGAGGUCGCCACGAAGAGAUAUCUGACCUCAGAUGAUAUGGACUUGAAGACGGUGCACUCUGUUUUGGCGGAUUUUUUCCACGGUCGCUGGUCUCAGGGAGCUAAAAAGGAUGACGGCAAAGGUGGGCUGAAAAAUCGGCACGUGUCCGCCCAACCGUACAAGUUCAGCCCGACCGUAUACAACCUGAGAAAGUUGAACGAACUUCCUUAUCACCUCAUUAACUCGAACGAUGUCGAGAAACUAAAGCAGCACGCCUUGUGUAAUCUCGAGUUUUUGUCGAGUAAGCUAAGCGCGACGUCGCCACGACACCUUCUCGAAGACUUCGCGGACGCGCUCGGGGUCUUUCCGGCAGACAAGGACAUUAAACUCGUCUGCGAGACCUUACAGCUGUCACGUGACGCUCUGACAAUAUCCGCUGACCAACUUCCGGCUCAACUAAUCGGCCGUCUCUCCUCGCCUCGUUCCCCCUCGGACGUUAUCGCGCGGUUGCUAAGACAAGCGCAUCAUCCAAUCAACGCCUCGUUCAUCCCAAACAUUGCGUGUCUUACUCGGCCUGGUGGAAAACUUGUUCACUCGUUACCAGGCCUCUACGGCUCGCUUGUUCUUAGCAAAGACAGUUCCAGGGCGCUUUCUGGAACACUCGGUAAGGUAUUAAAAUUAUGGGAUGUUCUGAGUGGACACGUAUUGAAGUCCAUUGAGACAUCUUCCGAGGUUGGACAGAUUGCGUUUUAUUCCGAUGAGAAAUACGCUGUAGCGUCGCUCCGGGGGGCGAUCCAGUCGUGGGAUCUCAACACAGGUAAGAUGGAGAAUGAUCUAGAAGGAGCAACGCCCCCGGCGCCCAUCACGAUUGCAGGGGAUCAUGGGAAUAUCCUCGUCGCUAUUCUGGACACGUUUGUUAAGAUUGUUGAUCUUUCGAAGCGAUGCCAGCUCAAGAGAUUCGAAGACGAGGACUACGUUCACGACAGAAUUGCGAGCCUGAAAAACCACGUCGCCUUCGCGAGCUCUUCCGAACGCUACGUUCGAGUCUUCGACUUGUCAAACCUCGAGCUCCCGAAAACGAUCGAAGCGUUCGGAGCCGACUCGCCCGACGUCGUAAGCACGUUAAUCCUUAGUCCUUUCAACGACGGUCAACUUAUUGUAUCAUCACAGAAGUCCUUCAACCUAAGGGUGUUCGACCUGGGGUCCUUGAAUUGCCUGCACGUGCUGGGCCCUGAUAUUCUGUACCCUGCCGUGACCGGGGAUGGUCGGUUCAUGCUUUGCGCCAAUUGCUAUAACGACGUUAGUGUUUGGAAUGUGGAGACUGCGACCAAGGAGCGAAACGUGAUCAGGCACCCGCCCACCACCGCCAUCACGCACAUCGUCACUAAUGACAUGAAGAUCAUAGUGACCGUGUCUGACGACAAGCUCGUCAGGGUCUGGGACCUAGAGCGGGAAGAGUCUGCCAACGUUGACUUUGAAGACAACAAGGGUGAUAAUAGUAUUGAGCAUCUCAUGCUUAUCAAGAGCAUUGUGCAGAAACAAGUCGUCACCAAGUCACGUGCUAAAGGUCCUAUUUGCGUAUGGAACGUCAGCAACUGCCAACCAAUCAGAACACUGAUCGGAACCGAGGCUGAUGAGGUACUGGUUGUCGACGAGACACGUGCAGUCAUUCGCUCCGGGGCCAAACUCGCGCUGGUCGACCUACAAGAAGGAAAACUCGUCAAGAAAAUGCGCUCGGAAUUCAACACUAAAACAGAAAAAGUUAACCGGCACGCCAGCUCUCUCUACAAACGUCGAGAUCUGGCUAUUCGUCUAGCUGAAAGUCCACACGUAAACCCCCGCUACCAAACCAGAACGAGAAAAUUCAACGACUGCGCUCUGGUGGGCAACACACACGUCCUCGUGCUGUCCAAGGAUCGUCUUUACAUGAAGCUAGCGUCCCUAGCGACCGGGGAGCCUGUGGCGAAACUAAAGGCCGGGCAGAAGGCGAUCAUUGAGACGAUCAUGGUCAGCGGUAAUGGCGCAGUGGCGGUAUGCGCGUGCGAGAGUUUUCCGCUGCUGGUAUGGGAUAUCAAGGAAAGGAGAAAGCGCUUUGCUUUGGAGAUGGAGGGCAGUUUUCCUCAGCUGGCUGUUGCGGAUAUCAGCCAUAAUGGGGCGUACCUUGUGGAUGUCAUACGGCUUGAUCGCUCCCACAGGUCAGUGGUCACGUGGGAUAUGACGUCAGGGACAGUCAAGCAUGUGAUUGGACAAGGCUUAAAUGUCUGGUCAGUGGCUAUAUCGUGUGAGAGCAUGCGCAUGGUGGUAACCGGAAGUAGCGGCUCAGGGGAAACCAUGCGUAUCUACGAUCUGAACACCGGUGAAUUCAAGCACCAAUUGGGCGGCCACACAGAGCCAAUCAAAGGACUUUCUCUGUCACGUGACGGGCGAAGACUUCUGAGUUACGUCCCUAUGGGGGCCAGGGACCGUAGCGUGUGCCUGUGGGACGUUAUCACGGGGUGUCCGAUCGCAUCGUUCACUCCGGACCUUCCAGUCUCCAGCUGCGUCCUCAGUGACGAUGGUGACCAGGUUGUCAUGGUGAUAAACAAAUCUCGACCAAUCGUGUCGCUUGUCUUGACGCAUGAAGUUGGAUCACGUGAGCUGUCGGUUGAUGUGUCUAAUCAGUACUUCAGCCACCCCACCCUCCACGGGGCGGUGUUUGACAUGAGCGAGACGAUGAACUGGGAUGACACAGCAGACGAUGGAGAGUGACUGGACCCUCCACCCCCUACCCCAUGGGCCAACGGGGCCACUACACCACCCAUCACGAGACGAUGUUUGACAUUAGCGAGAGGAUGAACUUGGACGACACUGCGGACCAUCCCCACUCCACCUCCCCCCUGGGCCAACUGGUGCCUCUAUCCCACACAUGAAAAUGUUAAUAUUAUUAAGUACUUCCCUACCCCACCCCUCAUGGGAGUAAUAUCCAUCUGGAGAGUCACUGGAGAGUGGCUGGAGAGUCACUGGAGAUUCAUUUGAGAGUCACUGGAUUGUGGCUUGAGAGUGGCUGGACAGUCACUGGAGAGUGACUGGAGAGUUACUGGAUAGUCACUGGAAAGUAGCUGGAGACUGGCUGGAGAGUUACUGAAGAGUGGCUGGAGAGUUACUGAAGAGUGGCUGGAGAGUGGCUGAAGAGUGGUAGGCAUGGCUUUACUAUAAUGGACAUACCUUAAUCUAGACGAGCAAACUCACGCCCCUCAUCAUUCCCUUAAAAAUGGGGACAUUUAAAACGGGUCGCUUUGUCAGAAUAUCAAAUGACAAAGGAAUAACAUAGAAAGGACGUGUGGUGACAGUAUUAGUCUCAUGUGAAUGUUAAGAAGCAGUCUUCAAAUCAUCCUUAGCGGAAAUUCACGUGAAGAUCGUGUUGCAUCCGGACUCCGUGUAGUUAUCGGUAUUUUUGAACUGAAAGCUCUAAUAUAGACGAAUACUCUACAGGUACUAAAGAGAAUCGCACACGCAAAAAUAGACAGGAAGUCAUAGAUAGCUAUUUUAUUUUGUUAUGACGAUAAAGCUCAUAAUAUGUUUUAAA